UAACCUGAGCGUAACAGCUGAUUUAAUAAAUUUAUAAUCAUAUCUUUAUAUAUAUAUAUAUAUAUAUAUAUCAUAUAUUUAUAUAUAUCAUAACUUAAAAUUGCGCGUACAGCAAAUGAAUUUGUGCAAAUUAGCUGUCCUUUGAUUCUGACACCACAUGGAUGAAUCGACUAGCAAUCUUGUCACAGAACUACGUCGGCCUUCAAUAACAAGAAUUGUACUUAGAAUAAUAGUGGCAUUGCUUGUAUUAUUCAUUGUUCUGUCGAUUGCGUUCGUCGCUCUUUACAUCCACGAAAAAAAUACUGGAGAUGCGAAAAUGGGGAACGUGUGCUAUGAUACAUCUUGCAUUAUAACUGCUGCAGAAAUAUCAAAGAAACUAAAUACAUCCGUUGACCCGUGUGAUGAUUUUUACCAGUUCAGCUGUGGAGGUUUCGUAGAGAAUAACUUCGUUCCUGAUGAAGACAGUUUACUCGUGUCUUUUACGAUCGUUAAUAAAAGAAUUCAAGACAAUAUUGCCACUUUUCUCGAUAAUGGUUAUUCAAGAAAGAUUUCUGGUUCCGCAGUUGGCAAAAUGUUUAACUACUAUACUUCGUGCAUGAAUGUAAAGUACAUUGAAAAUUCCGGUAAAGUUCUCAUUCGUAAUUUGCUGAAGACCUACAUCUCAACUCCCUUAAAUGCGAACUGGACUCUCGAAAAAAUCUUGGGUCGUGUUUUGCGUGAUUUUGGCGUAGGAGUGUUGGUUUCUUCCGACGUGACACCUUUGCCUUACAAUACGUCUGUAAACAAAAUUACUGUCGGUGGAGGAAUCGUUGGUACGAUAAAGAAGUCGUCAAUGACUGACGAAGAUCAGCCGAGAGAACUUGUGUUACAAGAGGCUUACAGGCGGUACAUGAACACAACCUUUAAAUUACUUGGUAUUCACUCCUCUGUUAGUGAUGUACUGCAAAUAGAAAGGAUAUUCUUAACGUUGAAGUAUUAUCUGAACAAGACAGGUAAUUUCACAAAGGAGAUGACUGUGGCUGAGUUGAAUGAGCAGUCUCAUGGCAAGUUCAACUGGACGAUUUAUUUUAAUGAAGUUCUGAGUGCCGUUGGAAAAUCGGUUGUUAACGACACACAAGUGUUGGUUUACUCACCGGCAAAGUUACAGUUGAUUGUUCGCUUCAUGGCUCAGCAUUCAAAAGAAACUAUCACCCGUGAAAUCACGUGGGUUCUUGUGAAUAAUAUGAUCGCGGCAUUACCCGAGGAUUUCCGAAAUGCACGUAACAAAUACGUCAGUGUAGUAUCAGGAGUCGAAACUCCGCCAGCAAGACGACGAUUAUGUGUCGAUGAAACCAAUAAAUACUUCGAAUACCCCAUUGCAAAGUUGUACGCCGAAAGAUAUCUUUCCCAAAAUGCCAGGCAGAGGGUGUUUGAUCUUUUCUAUGAAGUGCGAAAGCAGUUUAGUGAAGGAUUAAAAGAGCUCGAGUGGAUGGAUGAUAAAACCCGGGCUGGGGCACGUUUGAAGUUGAUGAAAAUGAAAGAAAGCGUUGGUUAUCCUUUAUUUGUUCAAGACACGGCAAAAUUGAACAAAAUGUACGAAAAUUAUCUUGUGAAUAACACAAACUUCUUCGACAACAAACUGAAAGUUUUAAAAGCCCGAGUUAUAGAUAGACUGAAGGCCUUAGAUAAUCAACCCGAUGAUCAAAGGUUUCCUGCUCCUCCUGUUGCAGUGAACGCGUUUUAUUAUCCUUUAAAGAACAAAAUAUAUGUUCUUGCUGGAAUUUUGAACAAGCCGUUUUAUGGACCCGAGCAGUUAAAGGCGUUAAACUACGGUAGCAUUGGUAUGAUCGUCGGUCAUGAAAUUACCCACGGAUUUGAUGCUUUGGUAUGCUCAUUUUCAUGCAGCAGUAAUUACGAUGAAAAGGGUAAUCUAAGACAAUGGAUGACGGAGAAGGCAAAAAACAACUUCGACGCGAGAUCACAAUGCUUGGUUAAUGUGUACAACAGUACGUAUGUCUACGGCAGAAAGUUAGACGGGAAGAUGACACUCUCUGAAAAUAUUGCCGAUAAUGGAGGACUCAAGUACGCUUAUCGUGCGUACAUGAAGUGGCGUGAAACCAAUGGAGAGGAGGCAAAAUUACCAGGAUUAGACUUCACAAACGAGCAGCUAUUUUCAUUGCUUUCGGUCAGACUUGGUGCUCAAAAUAUCGCAGCGAAGUGAUCGACUAUAAUUUGAAAUACGACUCACACUCGUUAAAUCCAGCCAGAGUGCGAGUGCCGUUAUCAAAUUUUCCACAGUUCAGCAAAGCCUUCAACUGCAAAGCACCAAAACACGAUUGUGUUCUUUGGUAAUGCCAUCGACAUCAUAAUUCCUACUUUUAAUGCUGUUUUUUUUACUUUCAAAGUAAUAGGCACUUGUUUUAGUUAGUUAAUUUUAAGAAACUCAAUGCUGAAUAUUUUUCCUUAAUCCAAUGACACCACAAGUUUGAGUGCGAAAAGAAUACUGGUCUUUGUUUUUAAAUUUCCCAAGUAUUUAUGUGUUCGAAAUUUGUAAUUGAAACUGGGUUUUUAAGAAGAGAAUAAAUCUUGAAUUCAGUCUUGAAAA